CCUUCUUCCAUCUUUGUAAACAACUCUAUAGUGCGCGUGCGCGUCCGUGUGUCACAAUAAUGGAGGACAAUCUUUUCCAGCCGUCGUGAACCUAACCACCGUGUUCAUCUGGAGAAUUCGGACAAAGCGACGUGCAGCUGAGUGUCGAAAACACGAGCAGAAUGGCCUCGGACUCAGUAGCUCAGGCUCCUGGGUCGAGGAUCAUGACCUUCCACCCGACCAAGGAGGAAUUCAAAGACUUCAGCCGCUACAUUGCUUACAUGGAGUCAAAGGGUGCUCACUUGGCUGGCAUGGCAAAGGUUGUGCCUCCUAAGGACUGGAAGCCCCGCCGCACAUAUGAUGACAUUGAUGACCUGGUCAUACCUGCUCCUAUUCAACAAGUGGUGACGGGUCAGUCUGGUCUUUUUACACAGUACAACAUCCAGAAGAAGCCCAUGACUGUACGCGAGUUCCGCAAGAUUGCUUACACAGACAGGUUCUGUAACCCUCGCUAUGCAGAUUUUGAUGAGCUAGAGCGGAAGUACUGGAAGAAUCUUACACUUAAUUCUCCACUCUUUGGUGUGGACGUUAACGGGACUCUCUAUGACCCAGAUGUAAGCGUGUGGAACAUCGGGCAUCUGAACACUAUCCUGGACACAGUGGAGAACGAGAGUGGCAUCAAGAUUGAAGGGGUGAACACACCGUCCCUGUACUUCGGGAUGUGGAAGAGUACGUUUGCCUGGCACACUGAGGAUAUGGAUCUCUACAGUAUCAACUAUCUGCACUUUGGAGAACCUAAAUCAUGGUACGUUGUGCCUCCAGAAUACGGGAAGCGAUUAGAACGUCUCGCAAAAGGCUUUUUCCCUGGAAGUGCUCGAAGUUGUGAAGCCUUCCUGCGACACAAAAUGACUCUGAUUUCCCCGUCAAUACUGAGAAAGUAUGGCAUUCCUCUAGAGAAGGUUGCACAGGAAGCAGGUCAGUUUAUUGUGACCUUUCCCUACGCCUAUCAUGCUGGAUUUAAUCACGGAUUCAACUGUGCAGAGUCCACAAACUUCGCCACUCAGCGCUGGAUCGACUACGGCAAGCAGGCAGCAUUAUGUUUGUGCCGUAAAGAUAUGGUAAAGAUCUCCAUGGACGUAUUUGUGCUGAAGUUCCAGCCAGAGCGAUAUAAACUGUGGAUGGCAGGAAAGGACAGAAUGAUAAUUGACCACUCCAAACCCACACCAGAAGCAGCAGAGUUCCUGCAAGGUGGAAAGACACCAGGAGAAACGGGAGAUCUCAGCAACAGCGGCCCUGCUGAAACCAGAGGAGAGAUCGAGACAGCAGAUGAAGAUAGAGGGGAGAGAGAGGCGCAAAAGAAAGAGAUGGCGGCAGAUGAGACGGAUACACAGAGAGAAGACAAAAUGAUAGAAAAUGCUGGUGCGCAUAAAAUAACCACAGAAACACAGAAGGAAAAUGCAGAGGAAGAGGAAGCAGAGAGCAGAAAGAUUCAGCUAGAAGCAGAUAGUGAAAUGGAGAAGACACGGACUGAAAUAGACAUAGAGAAAGAAGUGACUGAUGGAAAGAGAGAGAAAACAGAAAGAAAAGAGUUGGAGAUAAAAAUACCAGACAAUAAGGCAGGUCUGGCAGAGACAAACCAACCUGAAAGAGAAAUAGAUGAAAUGGAGAUGGAGACAGAAAAUGACAGCACAGAGAGCAGAAAAAAGAAUAAGACUGAUGGGGAAGAAGUACAGACAGAUACAGCAGAGAUGGAGACUGAAGAAAUAAAACAGACAGAGAUUGAAACUAAGUCAGCAAGGAACAAUCUAGAAACUGGAAACAAAGAGCUGAAUAGCAGUGAGAUAAAGAAAGACAUGGGUGAGACAGAUAGUAAAGAGACUGAAAAAAAAAACCUUUCUGUGGUACAAGAGACGGAAAAAGAAAACCUGUCUGUGGUACAAGAGACGGACACAUCAGUGACGGAGAUGGAAACGCAAAAGAGUUGGAUGGACAGUCAAGAGACAGACAGAGAAAAUAGGGAAAAUGAAAAAGAAGAGAGAGAGGCAGAAGAGUCAAUGAGGGACAAUUUAAAAAGAGGCCAAAUGGAGAUUGAGACAGUGUGUGGAAAGCUGGAAGGUGAAACGGAUGAAACGUUGAGUGGCAAGAUGGAGAGCAAGACAGAAAGUGGAAAGAUGAACAGUAAAACUGAGAGGGAUGAUCUGGACAGAGAAACAUGGAAUGGAAAAAUAAAAGAUGACACAGGGGAGACAUGGAGAGGAGAAAUGCAAAGUGAGAAAUGGCCUGGGGGCAUAGAGAGUGAGGUAGUAGAGACAGGGGAAGAAAAGAUGAGAUGUGAGACAGGGUAUGCAGAAAUAGGGAGUAAGCCAGGGGGCGAAGAGCUGGAGACUAAGACUGGAAGCAGAGAGAUGGAGAGUGAGACAGGGGUUGGAAAGAUGGUGAUUGAGACCGGGAAUGGACAGGUGAAGAGUGAGGCAGCGUGUGGGCAGGUGGAAAGCAAGGCAGGAAAUGGACAGGUGGAGAGCGAGGCAGCGUGUGGGCAGUUGGAGAGCGAGGCAGCGUGUGGGCAGGUGGAGAGCGAGGCAGCGUGUGGGCAGUUGGAGAGCGAGGCAGCGUGUGGGCAGUUGGAGAGCGAGGCAGCGUGUGGGCAGUUGGAGAGCGAGGCAGCGUGUGGGCAGUUGGAGAGCGAGGCAGCGUGUGGGCAGGUGGAGAGCGAGGCAGCGUGUGGGCAGGUGGAGAGCGAGGCAGCGUGUGGGCAGGUGGAGAGCGAGGCAGCGGGUGGGCAGGUGGAGAGCGAGGCAGCGGGUGGGCAGGUGGAGAGCGAGGCAGCGGGUGGGGUGUUGGAGAGCGAGGCAGCGGGUGCGCAGGUGGAGAGCGAGGCAGCGGGUGGGCAGGUGGAGAGCGAGGCAGCGGGUGGGCAGGUGGAGAGCGAGGCAGCGGGUGGGCAGGUGGAGAGCGAGGCAGCGGGUGGGCAGGUGGAGAGCGAGGCAGCGGGUGGGCAGGUGGAGAGCGAGGCAGCGGGUAAACAUAUAGAGUGUGUGGCAGCGAGUGGACAGACAGAGAGUGAGACAGGCGAGAAGAAUCGAAGAGAAAUGCAAAGUGCAACAAGAGAGAUGGAGAAUGGACAGAUGGAAAGUGAGACAGGAGAGAGAAGCAGGGGAGAGAUGGAGAAUAGAACAGAAGAGUUGGAGAGUAUACACGAGAAUAAAACAGGAGAGAAUAGCAGAGAAGACAUGGAGAUUGAAACAGGGGAGAUUCAGAGUGAAACAAUAGAAACAGGGCGAGAGAUUGAGAGUGAGAAAGGCAGUGGUGAAAUGGAGUGUGAUACAGAAAAAUUAAGGUUAGAAGAAGUGGUCAGCAAGACAGAUGAGACAUGGAAAAGAGACAUAGAGAGUGAGACGGGAGAGGCCGCAAGAAGAAUGAUCGAGGACGAGAAAGGAGUAAAUACUGAGGGAGAAACCAAGAGACAAGCUAUAGAGAUUGAGACAACUAAAGAAGAGGUGGGGAUCGAGACAAAGACAAGGGAUGAGACAGUAAGAGGGGAGGUGAAGAAUGACACUGGGAGAGGAAAGAUAGUAAGCAUAACAGGGAAAGAAGGGAUGGAGAAUGAGACAGGAGAGAUUGGGUUCGGAGAGAUUAAGAAUAUAAUGGGGCAAGACACUGAGAGUGUGACAGUAAGAUGGGAGACUGAGAGCAUAACGAAGAAGAAAGAAAUGCAGAAUGAGACAGAAGGGGCAGGAACAGAAGAGGUAGAGAACACAAUAAGGAAAGAAGACAUGGAGAGUGAGACAGAAAAUAAAAAUUGGAAGGAAAACCUUGAGAGUGAGACAGGGAGAGGAGAGACAAACAACAUAACUUUAGAUAAAGAUCCUGAAAGUGAGACAGGAAGAGUGGUGACAGAAAGCAUAGCUUUGAGGGAAGAAAUUGAGAGUGAGACAGAGAAUAUAACUUUGAGGGAUGACCUUGAGGGUGAGACAGAGAGAGGGGAGACAGAAAACAGAAGUUUAAAGAAAGAAGUGGAGAGUGAGACAGAGAACACAAGUUUGAAGAAAGAAGUGGAGAGUGAGACAGAGAACACAAGUUUGAAGGAAGAAGUGGCGAGUGAGACAGAGAACAUAAGUUUGAAGGAAGAAGUGGAGAGUGAGACAGAGAACAUAAGUUUGAAGGAAGAAGUGGAGAGUGAGACAGAGAACAUAAGUUUAAAGAAAGAAGUGGAGAGUGAGACAGAGAACAUAAGUUUAAAGGAAGAAAUGGAAAGUAAAACAGUGGGACAGCAGACAGAGAAUAUAACGUUGAGGGAAGACCUGGAGAGUGAGACAGUGAGAGGUGACGUGUCCGAAAAGUCUGAUGAUGAAGAUGGGCAAAUUACUAAGACUGUGAAAGAAGAGCCUGUUUCAGCAACUCCAGAGGAAAAAUUAGAAGAGAAUGGGACAGAGAUCAUAGAGACUGGAGAAGAGAAAGAGGUGACAGAGACGGAAGAAGAGAUGAAGACCAUCAGUGUUUCUGUUCAGAGGAAGAGAAGCAGUUCCAAGCCAAAGGUCAGAAUGAAGCGGCAAAGAGCGGCGAGUGCUGGUUUUGCUGAGGCUGUAGAGCUGGUCAAGCGAAAAAGAACCAGGCUCAGUCUACCUGAAACAAAGCGUGAGGCCAAACAGUCAUGUUUAGUGGGCCAAGAUGAGAGUGACAAUGAGGACAGCAUUAAAGUGUGUGCUCCAGCACUGAAAAGGAAAAAGAAGCCAGACCACUCCCACUUAGAAACUUCGCCGCAUCAUCUUCAGUCAAUUAAACAGCCUGUCACCAUCACUCCUAAAACACACAUCCGACGCCAUAGCACUCCUCUGUCCUGCCAUAUCACUGCGUCUUCCCAGGCUCGCAGCAUUCCCUGUCGGCCCAAAGAAUCCACUCCAUGCUGUGAUCUUAGAGCUAAGCAGCCUCAGGCUAACAGCACCACCCCUCUGUCUCGGCGUGCAGUUGGCACCAAACCCAACAAAACCAAGGUAAAAUCUCCGCCUAACAGCAUCACCACAGACCCGAGUGACCUCAGCAUUCAGGCUAAACCCACCAAUAACUCAAGACACCGUGGUAAUAUCGCACCAAAACGCAGGAAAAGCAGCCCUAAACAUGAAGCCAAAUCUAGGGAGAGUCAUGGCAGGUCUGUUUCAAACGAGGACAUUGGUGAGAUAAGGGAACCCUACAGAGGGAGCUCAGCUCAGCGGUUUUUUCAAAGGACACUCAGUCCAGCUGAGGUGCUCCAUGUCCACAGCUACGCUAAAGGAGACUACAACGAUCUGGACCGAGAGGAAAGGGACAGCGACACGGACACGGAGAUGCAGGAGAAAGAACAGCAGGGGGCAGAAGAUGACUCUGACUUUGAGGCACUGAACAGUUUGGUGAGGCUGCCCAGGCAUCAUCCACUAAUAAAGGACAGCAUCAGUGAUGAGGAGCUUCAGGACCAGACCUUAAUUGAAGAGGAUGGUUUGGAGGGUGAGCUGUGGGCUAAGCCUCUGGCCCAGCUAUGGCAGAACAAACCUCACAACGAACAACGGGAGAGAGAGUACAACAGAGAGAUGGGUCUUCAGCCACCGUACUGUGCCGUCUGUAUGAUUUUUCAAACACACCAGAGGUCUGAAGAGGCUGACUGUGAGCAGACUUCAGUUCAUGUUGGACGUCAGAUGAGGACAAAGCCACUGAUUCCUGAGAUAUGUUUCACCACAACCACUGAAGAGUCCACUGACCUUCAUCUAUCCACUCCUCAUUUGGAGCAGGAUGGAACCAGCCUGCUCAUCAGCUGCUCCCAGUGUUGUGUGCGUGUGCAUGCAAGUUGCUAUGGCGUUUCCCCUGAGCGAGUCACAAAAGACUGGAAAUGUGCCCGAUGUAGAGCCAAUGCCCACACAGAGAGUUGUUGUCUGUGCUCGUUAAGAGGUGGAGCCUUACACAGAGCCAACAAUGACAAGUGGGUACAUGUGCUGUGUGCUGUGGCAGUGUUAGAGGCUCGCUUCGUGAACAUCACAGAGAGAUCUCCAGUGGAUCUCAGUGACAUUCCCUUUCAGAGAUUUAAGCUGAAAUGUUACUACUGUAAAAGGCGGAUGAAGAAGACGAUGGGAUGCUGCGUGCAGUGUUCACAUGGCCGCUGCCCCACCUCGUACCACCCUACCUGUGCCCAAGCUGCAGGUGUCCUUAUGCACCCAGAUGAAUGGCCUUUCAUCGUCCAUGUCACCUGCUGCCGUCACAAAGGUCCUGUCCAGUCAGAGAGGAAAAAGGAGACCAUGAGGGAAAUCAGCGCUGGCCAGAGAGUAAUCUGCAAGCACAAAAACGGACGCUACUACCAGUGUGAUGUAGUGCAGCUGACUAAAGAGACAUUUUAUGAGGUCAACUUUGAUGAUGGGUCCUUUAGUGACAACCUCUUUCCUGAAGACAUUGUGGGCCGUGAUUGUGCCCAACUGGGUCCUCCACCCCUGGGAGAGGUCGUCCAAGUGCGUUGGACAGAUGGACUUAUUUAUGGAGCCAAAUUUGUGGCAGCACAUGUCAUUCAAAUGUACCAGGUGGAGUUUGAGGACGGUUCACAGCUCACGGCCAAGAGAGACGAUGUCUACACUUUAGAUGAAGAACUGCCCAAAAGGGUGAAAUCCAGACUGUCGAAGGCAUCAGACAUGCGUUUCGAUGGCAUCUUUGGAGAAAAGAAGCUGCAGGACAGCAAGAGGCAGCGUGUAAUUAACUCCAGAUACAGAGGCGAUUACAUCGAGCCAGUCAUCUACCGGACCAUCAUGGAGUAAUCAGCAGCAGCAUCUUCUGCCUCACAGCACCAGCAUUAAUUGAGCAAAGCUCCCACACAUCUCACAUUAAGUGAGAAUAUGUCUUUCUGUGUGUGUGUGACUGCAUCACACACAUCACACACAUCAGCUUUUUUUUUUUUUUUUUAAGUUUUAAUCGCUCCAUGAGCAUUGCCAUCACUCUGAUGUUUAAAAAGCUUUAAGUGAAGGCAUUUUUAAAACACACACUUGUGCCACGUCCUUUUGGACAUAAUGUGGUUUUUAUAUCCUUACUGGAAAUUGAGCCACUUAUGCAUACACCUUGGCCAGAAAGCAUUAGAGUUUGUACUAGUUUUAUAUAGACCCUCAUUGUUUCCUCCUCUUGUUCAGUUUGCAUUAAUUUAUUUUCCCUUCGAGUUCAGGGUGCUAGUACUUGCCCUUUUUUUUAAAUAUAUAUAUAUAUAUCAAAAACGGAGGAAACGUUGCCAUUUUAUCAACAUGAACACCUCCUUUUUUUAAAUACACACUGUUGUCAAAUUGUACAGCUGCAUUCCUGAAUAUUGUAGAUUAUUUGAAACAUAAUAGAUGAAAAGUUUUUUGUUGUUGUUCGUUUGUUUUUCCUUUCUUACCAGUCUAUUGGUGCUUUCUAAAAGUAGCCUUUGCAAUAUAACUCUGAGUUGUAACAGAACUGUCAUCAGGGCAGACAAGUUUUUUUUUGUUUGUUUUUUUCCAGCUGGGAGGUUCUUUUAAAAUGCCACGGAUUUCUUUUCUGUUCUUUCCAGCUCUGCUGUACAAGGCGUUUCAAGAUCUGCCUUGAACUGCUGUUCAAUCAGACUUGUUGUAUGUUAAUUACUUACAGCUUUGGCAAUCUUAAUCCUUACUGUGUUGGGCAUGUUUCAAUGCUAAAUUUCACAUAUCAUGCUAAAUCGUAUGCCUCCACCACCUGCACAAUAUUAUUACCAUAUAUUGCAUUACCAAAACAAAAAAAAUAACUGUUGCAAAAGCCCUGACAGUCCCCCUGCUAAACUAUUCAACCUUCUUCUGUGGGCUGAAAUCCACUUUAUGUACACUAUUGCUCCAUUUUUUUUUAUGAUAAACUGGGUAACUAAAACUAGCUAGCCAGCUGUACUCGUAAGCAAGUUAGAUCUGGGAAGACAAAUCGUAAACAUAUAGUUAGCUAAUGGCUGCCUGAAAGCUUUUCACUAGCAAUAUUGCUUGUCAUGGGUUAGCUAAAAUAAAUAGUUAUACUAAAUAGUUAAACUAAAAAAUUAAUAGUUAAACUAAAUAGUUAGCUUGGUUGUUUGACACCACCAUGCUAUAAAAUGAAGUAUCUAAUAAAAUAAUUUAUUAAACACGCUGGCAUUAAUGAGAUGUUAUUAUUUAAAUAGAACAGUAUUACUUAAAAAGCCUCGCUAACAAGAUUAAUAUUUGGAUACGAUCCUCAAGGGUACUUUUGUUUGUAGGGCAUCAGGGGGACUGUAGACGCCAGUUCUGUCCAUGGUCUGGUAAACAGAAUUGUGGGAUUCUCCUCUCUAAGGCCCGGUACAAUGCUGUCUUCAGCUAAACAGAUGCCAGCAAGAUGGCAGGAUACAAGAUUAGGAGCAGAAAUGAUGCCAGGCCAAUACUGCCUAAUCAGACAGCACAUUAUAAUAUCCCUAAUUGCGGUCUAUUGUAAUAACCUGCCUGUUUCAUAUCAUGAUAUGUUGUAUAAUUUUAAAAACUAUCAAAGACAGAACAUGCCUAAUCCCCAUGCUUAAAAAAAAGAAGCUAGUUUUGCACUUAUAAUAAAGCUAUAAUAAAGCUAUACUCCUAAUAAAUUGUUUCCUCUAGCCAAGUUUCUGAAACAGCCACUCACUCAUGAAGGCCUUUUAAAGCCUGUGAUGUGAUUUUGUAGUGUGUCUGUAGUUAACAGCUGUCCCUUUCACUCAGCAGGAGGGGACCUAAAGUACAUAUAUCACCACUUAUAAUUAAAAAGAACUUAUUACAAAUGUUUUUUAUUAUUAAGAAGUCUAUUUUAUUGCUUUGUUUUAUAAUAAGUGUUUAAUGUUUAUAUGCUGUGAGAAAUAGAAUUGUAUGUAGUUAAUUUAAGGACUUCAUGAACUGGCAGUGUAUUUUUUCAGCUUGCUUCUUUAAGCUUAAGCCUCACUCACACCAAGAGCUGAGGCUCUGUUCCUGUCUUUUGUAAAGAUUAUCAAUGUGUUUCAGUAAAAUGAUGUGGGCUUA